CCCUUUCCCUCUCCUCUCCCUCUCCUUUUCAUCCAUUACCACACACCUUCUCUAACCACCUCGCCUAACCCGAAAUAACUCCAUCUCAUCCCUUCUCGACUUCAUUCCCUCCUUUGCCCUUUCUUCUUCUUGACUUAAUCCACCCGAUAAAAUGACGGAACACCAGCUCGCAGAGGAGGAGGAGGUUCAAGAGCUCCUCGGCCAACUUCCAGAGGAGGAGUUGGAUCAAGAACUCCUCGGCCGACUCCGAGCGGCGGAUGAAUUUGGCUUUGAUCCGGCGAAGUACGCCGGCGACAGCGUGGCUUCAUCUGAAGCCUUAGGUGACGACGACGAACACGAAGCCAGGAACUGGCACACGGAGGAGAAGAACCUCCGCGAGGUCCUCGAAGGUGUCGAGGAGCGGGUUGAUGAGGCCGCUGAGCUUCGCUGGCGAGAGAUCAUCAUCAGCGACAUGUACACCAAAGGGGACGAUAAAAUCAAGGAGCGGGUAAGCGACACGUUCGCAUGGGAGCGAGCGAUGGUCACGAACAAUCUGGUGUGGCUGAGUGCCGCCGAGGACCAGAAAAGCCGGACUCAGAUUGAAGUCCAAGCUGGAGUGAAGUUUGUCGCUGUGAAUAAGGGUCACAGCUUCUUCCAUGUGUUCCUUCAGGAGGUUUACUCCCGGUACCACAUUUUGACUGGUGCCCCGGUUCCCACCAUCAACAAGGUGCCUGGCGCUGCUGAAGAAGAUGGCCCCGGCUCCAACUUGCCUGCCACACGUCCUGACCAGAAGAGCAUCAAGUAUAGGACGUGGAACUUUGCCCAGCUGCGGCAGAAGUUGAACCUGGCGAGGUCUAAGGACCACAAAACGUGGAAGAAAUUCCGUCGUCAAUAUCGUGACGACAUUGCAGCUGCUGGCCUUAGGGCUAUCAAGAAGUCCCAUGACCGGGAGAGAUUUCACGAGGAAGCCCUCAAGAUUGCGAAGAAGCAACUCCAGCGGCAAGCAAAUGUCUGGAAGAAUUUCAACGGCUCCGAGGUGCCCGAGGAUAUGUCCUACUGGCUCGUCGUUCGCGAGACCAAGGUCUUUGGACACGGUGCGGGUUUCCCGGAGGAAGAUGUUGCGGCCGGGAAAAGGGUUGCCGCUGGCAAGAAGGGUGCCGCUGGCAAGAAGGUUGCUGCUGGCAAGAAGGAUGCUGCUGGAAAGAAGGAUGCCGCAGGCAAACGCAAGAAGAUUUCGGGGGCCGAUCGCCCCGUACGGAAGAAGGCUCGUAGGGCUCGGGCCAGCACGGAUCCGGAGUCGCUCUCCGACUCCGGAUCCGUGCUGAAGGGUGGCAAGAAGGCUUUGGCCAUCAAACUGCUCAAGAUGGAACGAGAGCUGGAGAAGAUGAAGAAGGAGUUCCGGAAGGAAUUCGGAGUGGGCUGCGACUCUGCCGCCUUGGAGUAA